AGAUAAGCGCGGCUCCUUUGCCGAGGCCACGCGAUAAGGCGUCUGGGGCACCAUCAUUCAAAAGCAUCGCCGGUUGCGACCAUUGUCAGAGUCGCAGCCGCGUUAUGCGCACCACAUCAUGCCCGACUUCAAGGAAAAGACACCCUCUAGCAGCGUCGAGGACAAGCCUCGCGCCAGUUUGACAUCGUACCGCGCCCCGGAAGACGCUUCAGACACCGACAACGUCGUCCUGCAUCAUCAGCUUGGCUAUGAGCCUGAGCACAAUCUUCGGCGCAAUCGCAGUCUUUUCACCCUCCUCUUUCAGAGUCUUGCGAUCGCUGCUAUCCCAUAUGGCCAAGGCAGCACCAUCCUCUCUGCUGUCUACGGCGGAGGCCAGCUCUCCAUCUUCGUGGGCUGGAUCGUUGUAUGCAUCCUCAACGAGUGCGUGGCCAUCUCUCUUGCGGAACUGGCCUCGCGUUGGCCGACGUCCGCUGGACCACACUAUUGGAGCUUUCAGUUGGCCAAGGAACACCGUGCGCUAGCUGCUUAUGCCACCGGAUGGAUCUGGCUGAUCGGCAACCUCACAAUCACGCUUUCGGUCAACUUCGGGUUCGCGUCGCUCAUCAGCGCCUGCAUCACCCUUAACGAUGCCGACUUUACGGCAGAAGCAUGGCAGCUGCUGUUAAUCUUCUACGCCGUGUGUCUCUUCAGCCUGGUCUUGUGCGUCUUUGCCAAUAAGAUCCUGCCGUACGUCGAUACCGCCAGCGCAGCUUUUACAGCAGUGACCAUAGUCGUCACGCUCAUCGCCCUCUCUGUAAAGGCGGGCGUUGGCAGAAGCUCAAUAUCGCAAGCUUUGGGCAACUACGACAAGUCGCUGGCGGGCUGGGGAGGCUUCACCUUUUUCAUCGGACUGCUGCCCGCCGCGUACACGUUCUCAGGAAUUGGCAUGAUCACGAGCAUGGCAGAAGAAUGCCGAGACGCGGCGGUGAAGCUGCCUCAGGCCAUUGCUCUGUGCAUUCCUGUCGGCGGCAUUGCUGGCCUCUUCUUCGUGAUGCCCAUUUGCUUCACAAUGCCCUCACCCGCCGACAUUGUUGCCAAUGCCGGCUCGCAAGCGCUGCCCUACAUCUACGCCACCGUCAUGGACUCGCCUGGUGGAGGCCUCGCGCUGACCUUCCUCGUCCUCGUCAUCACGCUCUUUUGCUCGCUGAGCAUCACCGUAGCGGCAUCGCGGUGUCUUUGGGCAUUUGCGCGAGAUGCUGGGACGCCAAUGGGGUCGAUGCUGUCGCGCAUCCACCCGCACUUUGGAGUCCCGAUCGAGUCAUUGGUCGUUCUGACGGUUGUGCAAAUGCUCUUGGGCCUCAUCAAUCUAGGGAGCACCAGCGCGUUCACAGCCUUUGUGUCCGUGGGCGUCGUUGCCCUGUCUCUCAGCUACGGUGUGCCCAUUGUCUUGUCCAUGGCCAACGGACGGGCUCAGGUCUCCAAGGCUCGCUUCAGGUGCCCCGGAACCAUUCUGGGCUGGGUCAACAACGUCGUCAGCCUUGCGUGGAUCCUAUUCGAGCUCGUCCUCUUCUGCAUGCCAACCUCGCUGCCCACCACGAGUGUUGCGAUGAACUAUGCGUCAGUGGUGCUUGUGGGGCUUUGCGGGCUUGCAGGUAUAUGGUACGCUGUUCACGCGAGGAAGGUCUACCGCGGUCCCCCAGAAGAGAAUCUGUAGGCGCGUCCAGCGAGAUAUUGUCACAAGCAUGAUAGAAUUCGAAUAGCGUCAAGAGAUUGAGAAAGAAACAUUGACAGAGAAGGUAUAGAGCUGAUGAUGGGCGCGUCAAGCGCACGAGUGAGCCGCCGGUGAU